CAAUAAAAGCCAAAACCAAAAUAUUGAACAAUCAUUCCGUUCUACAACAGGAAACUACGAAAUUUAACAAUUGAUAUUUUAUUAUUAUUUUUUUUUUAAACUCAACAACUCUUACACGGUUACACACAAAGUUACGUCGUUUUUAUACCGUAAAAUAUCCGACGCCAUGGAAGAAAUCGGUAUCGUCUUACCAGAAAGGGUGAGUAUUUAAUUUUGUUACAUUAUUCAUAUUAAUUCCUUAUUAUUUUGUUCUUUUUCAUAAUAAAUUAUAAGGCGUAGUUCUCAAUUUUAGAUCACAUAAUUUAGAAUUCUGUCACCAGAAGCGAUUCAGUGAAAAUUAUAAUAUUACAUAUUUUUUAAAAUCUGACCCAUUUCACUACAAAACAACAAAUCAACAUAAUAUUUUAUUUUAUUCGCUUACACAUACGCAUCCUUAUUAAUUCAUACGCAUACUUACCUUGUAUGACACUAUAAUAUCCUAUUGAUCUAGCCAAUAGUCAAAUUUUAAAUUUUAAUAAAAACAUGCAAGGUCGGUUAUGAUAGUACCUAAACUCUAUUGUGCUAAAAAAAAAAUGACAAACCACAUAGAUACAUAUGUUUGAAUCGUACAAAUUCUAUUAUUAUUUAUUAUAUUUUUCAACAAAAUUCUUAUGCAAAAAUAUUAAAAUUAUAUUUUUUUAGGAUGAUAGUCAAGAUGCUAAACCAACUCUACCUAAUUUGAAUAAUGUCGAAGCUUGUUUAGACAGUUUGGACCACUAUUCAAGAUACAAAGUAAAUUUAAAAAUUUAAAUGUUAAUAAUUGCUCGUAAUUUAUUUAUUUUAUUUGUAUACUUGUAUUAUACAUAUAUAUCUAGCGCUUACAACGGUAUUUGGAAUUUUUGACCGUACAAGAAGAAUACAUUAAAGACGAACAACGUAAUUUAAAAAAAGAAUACUUACACGCCCAAGAGGAAGUGAAACGUAUUCAGAGUGUACCACUUGUGAUUGGUCAAUUUUUAGAAGCAGUUGACCAAAAUACUGGUAUUGUCGGAAGUACUACAGGAUCAAACUACUAUGUGCGUAUAUUGUCUACUAUAGAUCGUGAAUUACUCAAACCAUCCGCUAGUGUUGCAUUGCAUAAACAUAGUAACGCCCUGGUUGAUGUGUUACCGCCUGAAGCAGAUUCUUCUAUAUCUAUGCUUCAAGCUGGUAAGUUAUUAAAAUAUUAGUGGAAAAUAGUUUAAUAAUAAAAACAUUUUUAUUUAAUCGUAGAUGAAAAGCCUGAUAUCCAGUAUUCUGACAUUGGAGGUAUGGAUAUGCAAAAACAAGAGAUUCGAGAAGCUGUCGAAUUACCAUUAACACACUUUGAGCUAUACAAACAAAUUGGUAUCGAUCCACCUCGAGGUGUUUUAAUGUAUGGGCCACCAGGAUGUGGUAAAACUAUGUUGGCUAAAGCUGUAGCUCAUCACACCACUGGUAAUAUAUACAAUUAUGACCUAGUGCAAUAAAGAUCAAUAUCAAAAUAAAAAUAAAAUGCAAAUUAAAAAUAGGUAAAUGAUUUAAAACUGGAAGUAGGACAAAAUACAUUUGUUUCCGUAAUUUUCUAUAAUUGUUGAAAUACAUUUUUUUUUUUUUUUUUAGAUGAGUAGUAUAUACAGGCAAAUAAUUUUAUCAUGUGCCAUUUUCUCAGAGGAAUUUGAGUGAAUUUGAUUUCUCUUUUUUCAAUUAUGGAGUCGUUUAAGUUUUCUAGAAAUGAUGAUUAGGAUAACAUUAGCAGUCAACAUUAAAUUUACCGUUUAUGAGUUAUAACAGUUUUAUGUAUACAUAUGUAUGUAUGUAUGAAUGUAUAUGGGCAAGCUGGAUAUAAUACAUAUUUUAUAUUAGCUGGCACUGAUAACUACAAGGGUGUAUUUGAGGGAGCAAUAUGCAUUUUCCUUUAUUGCUCAUAUUAUACAUUUACAAUAUUAAUGAAUGUUGCUGUAACUGAAAAAAUUCUUAGCGGGGUUAAAGAAAGUAAAUUAUUCAAUGUAAUUUUUGAUGAGACGACUAAUAUUAACCUUGUCUCACUAAUUAAUUUAGUUUUAAGAUACUCAUAUUAUUAUAAAGGCGUCUUAGGUACCGUUAAAGAAAGUUGUAAGUGUUUUAAUCUGUUAUAGUAGAUACAUUUAUUAUUUAAUAAAAUUAAAACUGGAGAUGUACAUUUUACUGAAAAGGAUCAAAACACUUUUCAAUCUUCAGCAACUGGAGAUAUUUGAGUUAAUGUGGUUAAUACACUACCGUUGCUAUUUGAAAUUAUUAUUAACAUAUUUUUUGAGAUGAAAAAAUAUCUUUAGAAUUUAUUAUUUAAAGUGUUUGUAUAAUAUAAAUGUUAGUACAUUUUUAUAUUCAAAUGACCUAAGUUUAGGUUGACAUUUAAGACACUAGCUUCCAUACAGCAGUAGCAGGUUUGGACCCGCAAAUAAACAUCUGGUACAGUCCUUAUUAGUCACUGAAUUAUGUCAAUCCUCUCAUAGAGGAACAUGUUAUGAUUACAAUUUAUCAAUAUCGUAUCAUUUGUCACAUCGCUAAAAUUUACUUACUAUACUCAUUUAGAUAAAAUUUACACCAUGUAAUCAUAUAGGAUUUGUGUUAUCUAUAACACUGGUGGAUACUAAUAAUUUUCAUGCAGCCUGUGUUGUAGGUAACUGUAUUUUCUUAUUAUUAUUUAUUUUUUUUUUUUAAUUUAUUCUUGAGUAAUAAAUUAAACAAUAAUUUAAAAAAAAUAACACAAAUUAAUUAAUUUCUAUUGAGGCAGUCUAUUGAGAAAACUUCUGAAUUCUCAAUGGACCAAUUCGUCCCUGGGAAUAACAUAAGUACAUAUAUCUUAUCUGUGCAUUUAACUAUUUUUCAAAAAAACUUUCUAGAGAUCAAAAUAUUAAACAAAUUCGAAAAAAAAUAUUAAACUGUGUUGAUCAAUUAUCCAUUAACUUUAACUUUUCAUUUCUAGAUAGGUAUCCAAUUAAAAAUUAUUUGAUGAUUUAAUAUUCUAAAGAAACAAAUAAAAAUAAAUAAUAAAAUUGACUUUAUUUUGACUGGUCAAUUAACCCAGUACUUACGUUAGGUUUAAAAUACCAUUGCAUAUUUAAUAUAUAUUUAUUAUUAAUUUUCUAUUUGUAUUUCCAAUUUAACAAGCCAAAACAUUUAUUUACAUGUUAUUUUAUUUUUCAGCUGCUUUUAUUCGUGUAGUCGGUUCUGAAUUUGUCCAAAAAUACUUGGGAGAAGGUCCCCGUAUGGUGCGUGAUGUGUUUCGUUUAGCUAAAGAAAAUUCGCCUGCUAUAAUAUUCAUUGAUGAAAUUGAUGCAAUUGCUACUAAACGAUUUGAUGCACAAACUGGUGCUGACCGUGAAGUUCAGCGUAUUUUACUAGAACUUUUGAAUCAGAUGGAUGGUUUUGAUCAAACAACUAAUGUCAAGGUCAUAAUGGCUACCAACAGGGCAGAUACUUUGGAUCCUGCUUUAUUGCGUCCUGGCCGUUUAGAUAGAAAAAUUGAGUUUCCAUUACCUGAUCGUAGACAAAAACGGUUGGUAUUUACCACAAUAACAGCCAAAAUGAAUCUUAGUGAAGAAGUUGAUUUGGAGGAUUAUGUCGCCAGACCAGAUAGAAUUUCUGGAGCUGAUAUUAAUGCAAUUUGUCAAGAGGUAAUUUCAAACAAAUGUUUACUAUCAAAUAAUACAUUGAAAGUUUAUUAAUAUUAAAAUAAUCUUAUCUCUAAUAAUUCAAUAUAUUAAUCAAUUUUAAAAUGUUUACUGUAUAGCUAGCAAAUAUAAACAUCAAAUAUCCCUUUUAACAAAAUAUUUAAAUAUCAAGGUUUAUUAAUUACUUUACUAUUUGAGUGUUUACUAUUUAAAAAUCAUCUUCUAAAAGAGCCCCUUACACCAAAAUAAUAUUUGCUGUCAGACUGAUUGUACCAACAUAACUUACUCCACACACAAGAUCAUUUUUUUGAUAAUAAAAUCAAUUUGUUGACCAUCCUCUUGGAUAAACUGUGUUUGAUUAAAAUAUUGUUUUUUCUCCUUUUUUUUUUUCUUUACUAAAAAUCUACUAAUAACAUAAAUUAUUAACCUAUUUAUGCUAUUAAAAAUAUCAACCACAUUUGAUACUUGUUAGAUUAGGUUAAUUAUCAUUAAUCACAGAUAAAUGGCCCAUAUACUAAUGAAAAGAUAUAAUGGUUCAGUUAUUUUGAUUAGGUUUAUUUUUAUUUUUGUUACUGUCAAAUGUAUCUUGGAAGUUUUGCGCUUCUAUAAUGAUGAACAAUAAUUUGAUGAUUCAACCUUAGCUUCCACGUUCGUCAAACCAAACAGUGUGUGAUUUAAUUUUUAUUGGGCUACAUAAAAUUAAAGUUUAUACACCACCAUUACAUACAGAUCUGGACAAAUUCAAAACCUGGAUCACAAAUGCUGUGACACAAGAUAUAAUUAGCAUAAAGUUUCAUAAAGUUAACAUAAAUGUUGGAUGGCCAGUUGGGGUCUUAUUGAAUAUUUGUAAACAUACUAUUUAAAACUUGAUUAUUACGAGAAUAAGUUUUAACUCAUCCUAAUCCUGUAUCUUCAUUUAUAAAAUAUAUAAAGUAUAGUCAUAUGAAGAUUUUUGACACGCUGUUUAUACAAUUGACAUUUUUUCUGUUUUUAAUCUACUCACUAAUUUUAAUUAAUUUUAAUCAUGAUGAUAAUCAUAGUAUUAUUUAUUUAUUUACUGUAGUCUACAAUAUUGGUUAUAAAUAUUGUGGUCUUUUUUUUAAAUGUUUAUGUGAUUGUUUUUUUCAAUUAUUAUCAUACAUAAUAUAUAAUACAAAUAGUCAAUAUUAUGUGUUAUGUUGUGGUAAAUAUUGACUACUAAAUAUUAUAUUUUAUUGCUCCGGUGUGUAUUUACUGUUCAGUUUUUAGUCCUCCACAUGUUAUACAUAUCAUUAUGUGUGGCUAAAAAUAUUUGACUUAACUUUUUAUAAAGUUCAUAAAGAAUAAAACAUUGAAUAAUGAAACAAAUAUUAACUAUUUACCUUGUAUUUUUUUAAUUAUUUUUAUUUUUAUAUUAGAAUUAAGAUUUAGUUUGUAUUGUUCCAACAUCAAAAUUAUACUUUAACCAUGCUGAUAGUGUUUAUUAUGAUGUAUUUUUCUUUAUGUAAUAUAAAAUAAUAUUUAUCAUAUUUUUAGGCUGGAAUGCAUGCAGUACGUGAAAAUCGCUACAUUGUAUUACCCAAAGAUUUUGAAAAAGGAUAUAAAAACAAUAUCAAGAAAGAUGAAUCAGAACACGAAUUCUACAAAUAAUUUGUUGUAAAAUUAUCAGUAAACAAACAAUUUUAUCCAACUAUGAUAUAAUUUGUUUUCUUAAAUAAAAACGCGUUUGAAUAUAAUUAUAACAUUUCAUUAUAUAUUUAUUAAAAACUGUAUAAAAAUAUCUAAUAUAGGUUCUAAUCAAUUAUAUAAAAACAAUUUAUAUUGUAUAUUGUAUUAUUUUUUAAUAUCAAUAUAGGUUAAACACGCUUUCCUUUUUUUUAUGUUUAAAACAAAAAUUAAAUUAUAAUAAUUACAAAAGAAAUUAGUAAGUUAUAUCAGAGGUCUUAAUAUUAUUUGAAUACUUCAUCUUAGAUGUAUUGAAGAUAGCUAUGGUCAAGAAUAAUACUCCCAUAUUAUUGUGAAGUUUAGUGUUCUUUAACAUGGAAUUUAGAAGGAUGGAAAGCAUGUAGCACAUAACUCUGGUAAGACGUGGCGUGACCAUGACCACCUCCACUACCACCGCCAUAAUUACCAUGUGAAGUGUAUAAUGCCUCAUUGUCUUCUACUUCUUGUAACUCGCGUUUCUCCAGAGCUCUUGAGUAGACAGUAGAUAGCAUAGAGAUGAUAAAAAAGGCGAAAAAUAUCU